CUACAAACAUCAACUUAUACAUACUUCUCUCUAAAACUCAUAUACAAAUCUAUAAACAUCCACAAUAAUCUAGCAAUGGCUGCCUCCACAAUGGCUCUUUCUUCACCCUCCCUUGCUGGAAAGGCCGUCAAACUGGGCCCAACCGCCUGGGAAAUUCUUGGUGAGGGAAGAGUGACCAUGAGGAAGACUGGUGGGAAAACCAAGCCAGCAGCUUCAUCAAGCAGCCCAUGGUAUGGCCCUGAUCGUGUUAAGUAUUUGGGUCCAUUCUCUGGUGAGGCACCAUCUUACCUCACUGGUGAAUUUCCUGGUGAUUACGGAUGGGACACUGCUGGACUCUCAGCUGACCCAGAAACCUUUGCCAAGAACCGUGAGCUUGAGGUGAUCCAUUGCAGAUGGGCCAUGUUGGGCGCAUUAGGUUGUGUAUUCCCAGAGUUGUUAGCCCGCAAUGGUGUUAAGUUUGGCGAGGCUGUUUGGUUCAAGGCAGGAUCACAAAUCUUUAGUGAGGGUGGACUUGACUACUUGGGUAACCCAAGUUUGGUACACGCACAAAGUAUUCUUGCUAUUUGGGCUUGCCAGGUUAUUUUGAUGGGUGCCGUUGAGGGCUAUCGUGUUGCAGGUGGGCCUCUUGGUGAGGUGGUAGAUCCACUUUAUCCUGGUGGUAGCUUUGAUCCAUUGGGCUUGGCUGAUGACCCAGAGGCCUUCGCCGAAUUGAAGGUGAAGGAGAUCAAGAAUGGUAGGUUGGCCAUGUUUUCGAUGUUCGGCUUCUUUGUUCAAGCUAUUGUUACCGGAAAAGGCCCAUUGGAGAACCUUGCUGACCACCUGGCUGACCCAGUUAACAACAAUGCCUGGGCAUUUGCAACUAACUUUGUUCCCGGCAAGUAUCACGAUAUCAAUCCGUCUUGUGUGAACCCGCUUCACAUCAAAAAUAGUGUGGACCAGGCUCAGACAUCAAAUAAGAAAGCAGAUAAAGAUCAUAUCCCAUUUUUGCUCUAUUUAAAUACAACCCAAACCUCAAAACUUUCAUUCAUCACCACAAGCCAACUUCAACCCACUAAAAUUAAUCUCACUCUCUCUCCUCUUAGUCUCUUUGCAAUGGCAACCUCCACAAUGGCUCUCUCUUCUCCCUCACUCGCUGGGAAGGCUGUCAAUCUCGGCCCGAACGCCUCCGAAAUUCUUGGUGAGGGAAGAAUCACAAUGAGGAAAACUGCUGGUAAGCCCAAGCAAGUUUCAUCAGGCAGCCCAUGGUACGGCCCAGACCGUGUUAAGUACUUGGGUCCAUUCUCUGGUGAAGCACCAUCUUACCUCACUGGUGAAUUUCCUGGUGAUUACGGUUGGGACACUGCUGGACUCUCAGCUGACCCAGAAACCUUUGCCAAGAACCGUGAGCUUGAGGUGAUCCAUUGCAGAUGGGCCAUGUUGGGCGCAUUAGGUUGUGUAUUCCCAGAGUUGUUGGCCCGCAACGGUGUUAAGUUUGGCGAGGCUGUUUGGUUCAAGGCAGGAUCACAAAUCUUUAGUGAAGGUGGGCUUGACUACUUGGGUAACCCAAGUUUGGUACACGCACAAAGUAUUCUUGCUAUUUGGGCUUGCCAGGUUAUCUUGAUGGGUGCCGUUGAGGGCUAUCGUGUUGCAGGUGGGCCUCUUGGUGAGGUGGUAGAUCCACUUUACCCUGGUGGUAGCUUUGAUCCAUUGGGCUUGGCUGAUGACCCAGAGGCCUUCGCCGAAUUGAAGGUGAAGGAGAUUAAGAAUGGUAGGUUGGCCAUGUUUUCGAUGUUCGGAUUCUUUGUUCAAGCUAUUGUUACUGGUAAAGGUCCAUUGGAGAACCUUGCCGACCAUCUCGCUGACCCAGUUAACAACAAUGCAUGGGCAUUUGCAACUAACUUUGUUCCCGGCAAGUGAUUUACUUUUUAGCUACAACUUCUUGUUAUUCAAUGUAAAUAUGUUACCUAAAUUAAUGGAUUGAUAUAAUGCUUAAUUAGCUUGGUCA